AUGGAUACUGUGAAGAUUAUGUCUAAUAAUGUGUCUGAUAAUGAGUCUGAAUCAAGUGUUUAUGAGCACCUAGUUGAUAGUGAGUAUGAAAUGUCUGAUGAGGAUGACAUGUUAUAUGAUACUCAUAUUGACCGUGAAGUUGAAUGUACUGGUUUGAAGGAGGUGAACAAAACAUCAAGAACAAAUGAGAACUGUGACAUUCUACUUAGUGACUCAGAUUGUGCAUCAGACCUUGUAAGCUUUUGUAGUUCAUCAGAUGAUGAGAAUAAAAAAUAA